AUGCAGUUCCACACGUCGCCGUUGUUUUGCUUUUCCCUUUUCUGCUUUUGCUGAGCUGGAAAUAAAAUUUUUCUUCGCACUUUGGCUUUCAGACCUAAUCACUCAUCUAUUCUACUUACAUUCGACAAUGAACAAGGCGGUUAUUCUCGUUGGUGGGCCCUCGCGCGCGACGCGGUUCCGUCCGCUCAGCAUGCACCUGCCGCAGCCGCUGUUCCCGGUGGGCGGGCGGCCGAUUAUCUGGCACCAGAUCAAGGCGCUGUCGGCGGUCAAGGACCUGAAGGAGAUCAUCCUGCUCGGGUUCUUUGAGGACUUUGUGUUCCGGCCGUUCCUGGACAAGUGCCAGGAGGAGUUCCCUGAGAUCACGUUCAAGUACCUGCGCGAGUACUCGCGUCUGGGGACGGCGGGCGGGUUCUUCCACUUCCGCGACCAGAUCCAGCGGGGGUCGCCAAAGAACAUCUUCAUGCUGUACACGGACAUCUGCUGCUCGUUCCCGCUGAACGACCUGCUGAAGCAGCACGAGCGGCACGGGCGGCUGGGCACAAUCAUGGUGACCAAGGUGGAUCGGUCGCAGGCGAACAAGUACGGGUGCGUUGUGGUGGACAACGAGACGAAGCUGGCGGAGCACUACGUGGAGAAGCCCGAGACGUAUGUGUCGGAUCUGGCGUCGGCGGGUGUGUUUGUGUUUGACCACGAGAUCUUCCGCUUCCUGGCGCAGGCGAUGGACAGGCGCGCGUCCGAGUUCGAGCACGAGCGCGCCAAGGAGAACGCAUAUGGGCGUGCAGCCGACGACGAGGAUGGCAGCCAGGACAUCAACCGCCUGCGGCUUGAGCAGGAUGUGCUGCGCCAGAUGGCAGCCGAGAAGAAGCUCAGCGCCUUUGUCUGCCAUGGCUUCUGGCGCCAGAUCAAGUCGGCUGCAUCAGCAGUGCCCGCCAAUGCCUUGUAUCUGCAGAAGGCGCUGAAGGAGACGCCUGCGCUGCUGGCCAAGCAGACCGACGGCGGUCCGGAGAUCACCGGCGCGGUCUACAUUCACCCGACGGCUCAGGUCCACCCGACGGCCCGCCUCGGCCCCAACGUCUCGAUCCACGCGCGUGUGGUGGUUGGUCCGGGCGUGCGCAUCAACGACGGCAUUGUGCUGGACAAUGUCCACAUCAAGGAGAACGCAGCAGUGCUGCAUGCGAUCGUCGGCUGGGACUGCCGCAUUGGCAAGUGGGGUCGUGUCGAGGGCUCGCCGGUGGCCAGCACCGACGAUAUCGACGAGCUGACGCACGCCGGCCGCAAGGUCAACAGCAUCUGCAUCCUGGGUGAGGACGUCCACGUCAAGGACGAGGUCUUCAUCCGCAACUCCAUUGUGCUGCCGCACAAGGAUCUGGGCAGCAACCAGCACAACGAGAUCAUCAUGUAAUGCUCCAUUCUCAGACUUUCCAAUAUACAGGAUACCAGAUGAGGCCAGUUUUGGCUCGCCAUUAAUGCUUUUUUUGGUUACGAAUAGUACUCGUUGAAGAACUGCAGCCGCCGGUACACCUCGGCCGUGCUGCGCUUCUCGCGGAUCUUGUGCAUGUCGUCGAUGUCG